AAGGUUUGCGGAUACGAGAGCAUGGGGCUGUACGCGGCAGCUGCUGCCGUGCUGGCUGGCGUGGAGAACCGCCAGGGCUCCCUCAAGGGACUGGUGUAUUCCAGCAGCUUCCAGAACGUGAAGCAGUUGUACGCUCUGGUGUGCGAGACGCAACGCUACUCGGCGGUGCUGGACUCCGUGAUCGCCAGCGCCGGGCUCCUUCGUGCAGAGAAGAAGCUGCGGCCGCACCUGGCUAAGGUCCUAGUGUAUGAAUUGUUGCUGGGGAAGGGUUUCCGAGGGGGCGGAGGCCGAUGGAAGGCUCUGCUGGGCCGGCACCAGGCGAGGCUCAAGGCUGAGUUGGCCCGGCUCAAGGUUCAUCGGGGUGUGAGCAGAAACGAGGACCUGUUGGAAGAGAAAGCCAGGCCUGGCCAAGCCUGCCAGGUGCCUCGGUUCGUGCGUGUGAACACACUCAAGACCUGCCCUGAGGAUGCAAUUGACUAUUUCAAGAGACAAGGUUUCUCCUACCAGGGUCGGGCUUCCAGCCUGGAGGACUUGCGGACUCUCAAGGGACAACAUUUUCUUUUGGAUCCCUUGCUGCCUGAGCUGCUUGUGUUCCCUGCGCAGACAGAUCUGCACGAGCAUCCGCUCUACCGCACUGGCCAUCUCAUCCUGCAGGACAAGGCCAGCUGUCUCCCAGCCAUGCUGCUGGCUCCCCCACCAGGCUCCCAUGUCAUUGACGCCUGUGCUGCCCCUGGCAACAAGACCAGUUACAUUGCCGCCCUUCUGAAGAACCAGGGGAAGAUCUUUGCUUUCGACCAGGAUGCUAAGAGGCUGGCGGCCAUGGCUACAUUGCUGGCUCGGGCUGGGGUCUCUUGCUGCGAGUUAGCGGAGCAGGACUUCCUGACAGUUUCUCCCUCCGACCAGCGGUACAGCCAGGUCCAGUACAUCUUGCUGGAUCCUUCCUGUAGUGGCUCUGGCAUGCUGAGCCGGCAGCUGGAGGAGCAGGCGGGAGGCACACCUAGCAAGGAGCGCUUGCAGGCCUUGGCAGGGUUCCAGCGGCGGGCUCUGUGCCACGCACUCACCUUCCCCUCUCUGCAACGCCUAGUCUACUCCACGUGUUCCCUUUGCCAAGAAGAGAAUGAAGACGUGGUCCAAGAGGCUCUGCGGCAGAACGCGGGGGCCUUCAGAUUGGCUCCUGUCCUCCCCACCUGGCCGCACCAAGGUCUGCCUUCCUUUCCAGGGUCUGAACACUGCCUCCGGGCUUCCCCUGAGACCACACUCACUGGUGGCUUCUUCAUUGCUGUGUUUGAACGGGCAGAGGCGGUGCCAAGCCCAGCCCCGCAGGCCAAAGCAGUGGCUCCAGAACCUCUCAGCCAAGCCCCAGAGAGAAAGAGAAGACGCAAAGCAGCAGCUGGUGCCAGCGUGCAGCCAAACAGAUAGCAGGCACUGUGGGCCCUACAGCCAACAAAGCCACCCUCACCGUGGUUCCCACUCAUCUGGGAAGGGGAGAUGAUGUCAGUGGGCACAGCCCUACAGCCAAGAGUUCUUUGCUUCACAAAUAAAAGGCAGACUCGGAUCUGACAGAUCACAGUUUUAUUUUUAAUGACAUAAGCAAGAACAAUCUCACAUUCAUACUAAAAAUCUCAGCUACUCACAGGAACUCAGUCUGUGGUGGGAAGCCCCAGCCUCCCUGUCCCUGUCCAGCGUGAGCACAGACAAAUGUGCUCACACACGAGACUAUGCCAGGACACCUCUACAGGGGCCCUGGAUACAGGCCUGCUGUGGAGCUGAGGUAAUUAGCCCAGACUGAAAUGCAGGGAGGCCCCUUCCUUACCUGAGGCACAGGUAGAGGCUUCGUAUGCAGUCCCCUACCUAUCCCCAUCCUCACAGGCAUUUGGGACUUGAGGUCCAGCUCUUCCCCAGCUCCACACAGCCCAGCCUAACCCUGCCACAAAACAUUCAACCCCAGUCACAAAGGGAAGGAGACCAGUUACAGCUACAUCACAUUGUUUAUAAAAUAAGAAUUACACUUAUACGACAUGUCUAGAAGGAGCUCCGCUGCCUCAGGAGAGCCGCUGGGGACGGCCAUGAGCCCCUCCUUCACACAGGCAUAACUAUACAGCUAAUUCUUACUAUUCGGUAGCAUUUAUACUUAACCACCUCAGUGAACCAAGCUUGAAGGAAUU